AUGUCCGACCUGCAUCUUGAAGUCGGACAACAAAACGAUACCUUCGAAAUCAAACCUUGCGCGCCUUACUUGAUUCUGGCAGGAGACAUAGGGAGACUGAUGGACUACGACGGCUUUCGAGCCUUCCUCAGCCUACAAUGCGAACAUUUCACCCAAGUCUAUCUUAUAGUAGGCAACCAUGAGUUCUUCGGCGUCUCACGGUCUGAAGGCUUGCAUCUCGUAGACAAGCUACAAGAAGAAGCUACACUUAGGGAGCGACUGAUCAUCAUGAAUCGAAGGCGUGUCGAUUUGCCUGCUGUCACAGUAUUGGGCUGCACUCUCCAAUCGUUCAUACCACCAGAAGCCGAAGACAUUGUGGGUUACAGAGUCAACGACUUUCACCACAUCAAAGAUUGGAAAGUUGCCGAUCACAAUGCUGAGCAUCAUCAAGAUGUGGAGUGGCUGAAGAAAGAAAUCAAAUCGAUCAGGGAUAUAAAGACCGAUGCAAAGCGCAAGAUCCUCGUCAUCACACACCACGCUCCUUCACACAAAGGCACAAGUAACCCUGCAUAUGAAAGGAACGCAAUCAGCUCAGCAUUCUGCACGGAUCUAAUGCAGCAAAGAAAGAGGUCACCGUUGGAUGACGUGCAAUGGUGGGUCUUUGGCCAUACGCAUUACUGCAUGGAGUCGACUCGAGGAACAGUCAGGCUCAUAGCAAAUCAACGCGGCUAUGUAUUUCCAAAUGCUCGACCUUUCAGACCGGAGCUUGGAACAAGCUUUAUGACAAGGAUGCAGACUCUACUGGGUGCUGGCCCGAAAAUGGAAAUGGCUUUCGAUCCGGAGAAGGUCAUCAAUGUCUGA